AUGUUCAAUUAUUUUAACAAUCAAGUUAAAAAAUUGUUCGGAAAUGAACUCGGCAUGCUCGCAACACUUCCAACAAAAAUGCCGGGGAGCCCAAAAUUAAUGAGAGAAUUAGUGAUGUCGGUGAGUUGAAAAAAAUGUUCCCUAUUUCCAAAAGAAGAUUCAUAAAUAAAAUGUGAUGUGACAAAUUUUCAGAAUCAAUGGAUUCUUCAGAUGUUUUAUUGCUUAAAAACGAGAAUAUCAUUUGGAACUAUAUUUUUAAGUAAGGUGAACAACCUCAUUUUCAAAUUGACUUUUCAAUUUUUCAGAAGUAUUGUUUCAAAUAAAAAGCAAAAUGUCGUUGAUGUUGCGUUUUUUGCUCAAUUUUUAAAAUCGAAUAUUUUGCCUGAUAUUGAAUCAGAUGAGCUAUUUGAGCAGUAAGUGAUUUUUCUUAUUUUUUUGAAACAAUCACAUUAUUACAGUUAUCAAAAUGUGAUGGUGCCCAAUCUGUAUCGAAUGAAAUAGAAGAUGCAAAAAAGUUGAAGUUGAUCAAACAUCUCGAUGUAGUUAUCAAUGAUAAUGGAAAAUUAUUCAUUGAAAGAUCAAUAACAUUGAAAUCGAUAAAAUGGCAUCAAAAUCGAUUGAUCCAUUUUGAAUUUGUUGUAGAGCCAAUACAAAAACAAUCGAAUGUUGAAACACUUGUAGAGAGAGCACAAGAAUUGGAAUCGAAAUUCGUGGAUUUCAUCACGAAGUAAGUCAUUUCCCAGUCAUAAUAUCUCCUCAACUAAUUUUUAUAUUGGACGUAAUGGUUUUUUUGAAGUGGAAAUUGUGUCUUUCUAAUGAGUUCUUAUAUUAUUUUGUUCUGAAAUGUGCCCAUUUUAGAAAAAUCUAAGAUUAUUUUCGAUCUGCUGGCUCACACAAAAAAACAUUUCUAUUUAGAUGUAGAAUCAGAAUUGCAUCAAUUUCCUCCAAAUUAUAAAAUUAACCACUAUCCAGAAAAAUAUAAUUAAACAUUAUUUAGAAGAUCAGAUAUCCCAAUCGAACAAUUUGAUCAAAUAUGGCUGUGGAAUUUAUUUGCAUCAAUAUACAAUAUUGAUUCAACUAUUGAUAUACAGCCCGCUUUUGCCGUUUUUGUUCAUAGAUUGUGGUUUCAGCCGAUUGAAGCCGACAUAAAAUUGAAAUUUAUGAGAUAUUUCAAAAUAAAAAUCGACUUCAUUAUAAAGGAUUUCAUAAUAUCAUAUCACGAUGUCAAUAUAACGUCAAUGAAUGUCAAUGAAACGUAUUCCCCACAGGCAUAA